CAGCCUUGGCACCUUCACUGCCGCGAACUAGUGUCACCGGGGCACGUUUCUGUGGUUACAGCUUAUCCCUGCCUGAUCGCAGAAUCACUGUGCACGUUGACGGUGGGGCGUUCCGCCUGCGAAACGAUUCGAGGACAGAGCUUUGUGCCGUGCAGGCGCUCCCCGCAGAGAAACAGCCGAAAACUCCGAUUCAGCGCAGCCGGAGUUCAAUAAAACGCUUUAGCACCGGGUAAGCAGCAUCUGUCAGUAUAGAACAAGGAACGCUUGUGUCAGAUCCCCUGACAAAAUGGGAAAUGGCUUUGUUAAAUCCAAGCAACUAAGAGAACCAGAAAGCCACGCAGCAAAUCUUUCUAUCGACAGCAUCAAGAUUUCAAGAGACAAUGGCAGUAGUUCAACUGUUAAAGCCACAGCAGAAAUCCUGAAGGACAGAUUAUUGGAACUUGAAUUGGAGAAUAAAAGCAAAGAUGACAAAUUGCAAGAGAAGGAGUGUAGGAUACAAGACCUGGAAAAGCAGAUUAUCAGGCAGACCCGAACUAUUGCUGAAAUCACAGAGCAAUUACAAGCUAAAUGCAUUCAACUAAACAAACUGCAAGAUGUAGUUAAAACUCAGUGUGGAGUCCUUCUUCAGUCGUCUCCAUCACCACUUAGAACUACUAACAGAAUUAUGAAUCAGUGCACCGGUUUAUUCAAAGAUAUUGGAAGCAGAAGGAAAGGUGCUAAAGAGGGUGUAUCUGCAGAACCUACCACCAGGACUUAUGAUUCCAACAAACUGCCAGAGUUCUCUUUGGAAAGAGCCAGGGUUCGAAAGGAUUCAGGAGUGAAGAAGCUUAUAACAGAGGCCUUCAAUAAGAACCAGUUUCUGAAGCGACUGGAGACACAGCAGAUCAGAGACAUGGUGGAGUGUAUGUAUGAGAAAAACUAUCAACAUGGUGACUGUGUUAUUAAGCAAGGAGAACCUGGCAACCAUCUCUACGUGUUAGCAGAGGGAAAAUUGGAAGUCGUCCAAAACAACAAAAUUUUAACAUCUAUCAGUAUAUGGACUGCAUUUGGUGAACUUGCAAUUUUAUAUAACUGCACAAGGACAGCCUCUGUGAAAGCUUUAAGCAGCGUCAAAACUUGGGUACUGGACCAAGAUGUCUUCCGGAAUAUUAUGAGAGGAACUGCGCAGGCCAGACAUGAUCAAUACAGAAACUUUCUCAGAAGUGUUUCUCUGCUUAAGAACCUACCAGAAGAUAAACUCACGAAGAUAGUGGACUGCUUGGAAGUAGAAUACUAUGAUAAAGGAGAUUACAUUAUUCGGGAAGGUGAAGAAGGUAGUACUUUCUUUAUCUUGGCGAAGGGAAAGGUAAAAGUCACACAGAGCACCGAAUACCAUAUAGAGCCUCAGCUGAUCAAAGUCCUUCAGAGAGGAGAUUACUUUGGAGAGAAAGCUCUAAUCAGUGAUGAUGUGAGGUCAGCUAAUAUAAUUGCUGAUGAAAACAAUGUGGAAUGCCUUGUGAUAGACAGAGAAACAUUCAAUCAAACGGUCGGAACAUUUGAUGAACUCCAGAACUACCUUCAGGGUUAUGUAGCGGAGUUGACUAGAGAUGAUGAGAAAAGACAUGCCAGGAUAUCCACGCAUGCACAAGGGGGAGAAAUUUCUUUAGAGAUGAUUCGGUUGAAGGAGAAGGUUGCCACAUUUUCAUCGACAUCACCUUUCAGAAGCCUGGAGAUCAUCACCACCUUGGGAGUAGGUGGAUUUGGGAGAGUCGAGCUGGUAAAAAUGAAGAAUGAAGAUGUGACCUUUGCUGUGAAAUGCAUUAAGAAAAAGCACAUUGUUGACACAAGACAACAGGAGCACAUACAUUCAGAGAAGAAAAUUCUAGAAGAGGCUUGCUCUCCAUUUAUUGUGAGACUAUUUCGCAGUUUUAAAGACAACAAGUAUGUUUACAUGCUGUUGGAAGCUUGUCUUGGAGGAGAGAUUUGGAGCAUCCUUAGAGAUAGAGGUUGCUUUGAUGGGUUCACGGCAAAAUUUUGUACUUCUUGUGUGACUGAAGCAUUUGAUUACCUGCAUCAUAUUGGAGUCAUCUACAGGGAUCUGAAGCCAGAAAAUCUGAUGCUAGAUAGUGAAGGAUACAUAAAGCUGGUUGACUUUGGAUUUGCUAAGAAAAUUGGCAAAGGUCAGAAAACAUGGACAUUUUGUGGCACUCCUGAAUAUGUAGCACCCGAGAUCAUCUUGAACAAGGGCCAUGAUUUUGCUGUAGACUUCUGGUCACUGGGAAUUCUGGUUUUUGAGCUUCUUAAUGGAAGUCCACCAUUUUCUGGCUUCGACCAGAUGAUGACAUACAACUUGAUUCUCAAAGGAAUUGAAAAACUGGAUUUUCCUAAGAAAAUAACAAAACGCCCUGAAGAAAUCAUUCGUAGACUGUGCAAGCAAAACCCAACCGAACGCCUGGGAAAUCUGAAAAAUGGAAUCAAUGAUAUAAAAAAGCACAGAUGGUUCAGUGGAUUUAACUGGGAAGGAUUGAAAGCCAGAACAUUACCAUCGCCUUUAAAAAGAGAGCUUAAAGGUCCUACAGAUUAUAGAUACUUUGACAAGUACCCUCCUGAUAAGGAUAUUCCCCCAGAUGAACUUUCAGGCUGGGACAAGGAUUUCUAAAUCGAUGACAAGUCACCUACUACAUGGAGAUAAGAAGGCUCCAACUUUUACUCUUAUUCAAUGAUCAUAAACAAUCUGAACAAUUUCCUGUUAUAUGGUAUUGAUAGAAACCAACCAGCAGCAGCUUCUACAAAAUAAAGAAUUAACAAUGAAUAUGAUAAAGAAGGAAAGAAAUAACUUUUUAAAAAAUCACAGAUCAGUAACGGUUUCUUCUGGAGUUAACUCGAAAAAACAUUUUCUAUUUAAAUAGCUGCUAUAGGUCAAAUAUGGCCUGUGCAAAUAAUUCUUUCGGCUGUAGUAAGAUGGUUGCACUCUGUGGGCAGAAGCAUGUGGAGGUAUUGAAUAGCCAGGAUAAACAGUUGUACAGCUGCAGUCAGUAGCAGUAUUUGCACUGCAACAUUUCUUCCCAGUAUGCACAUGCUGAGAACUCCAAGCCACGACAUCUUUGAUCAGGCAGAAUUAUUGUUUUUAUAUUAAGACCUCACAGGCUUUCUACGCAUUAUGCUGAUUUCACCUGCAGAGUAUUUUUCUGGUGGACUGCGUACAAUCACGUUCCUUCCUGGCUUGGCGAUAAUAUCAUUUCCUGAGAGGCUACCCUGACAAGCCACUUCAGAACAUUGUAUAUUUCAAUUAGAUAACCCCUCAUUGUUCUAAACUCCAGGGAAUAUAGGCCCAAUUUAGCAAUUCAUCAUUAGAAUGAUCUUUUCAUCCAAAUACUAAUCUAGUGAACCUUCUCUGUGCUGCCUCCAGUACAAAUACAGGUGUAUCCUCCCUUAAAGAUGAAGGCCAAAACUACACACUGUGCUCUAUGUGUGGUCACACCAAUGUGCUGUUAAAUAGUAGGAAGGCUUCCAUUUAUUGUAAUACAGGCCCAAUGCAAUAAAGACAAAUAUGCCAUUUGCCUUCCUUGCUGUGUCCUAUACUUGCACAUCCAAUUAUUUACAUUCUUUGUAUGAGUACUCCCAAGUUCCCUGAACAUCAACAUCUAUAAGCUUCACGUUUUUUUUUAAUCUGCUUUUCUUGUGACCAAAAUAAGUAACUUAAUAUUUUGCCACACUGUACUUCAUCUUGUUGUGCAUUUACUUAACCUGCCUGUAUGUCUUUGCAGCAACGCUGUUUUCCUCACUCGGUAUCGUUCUACCCACUGUAAUUUCAUCAGCAGACUUACUCUCAUUACUUUCUACCUCUUUGUUUCACUCAUUAAUGUAGAUUUUAAAUAGCUGAGGCCUCAGAACUGAUGUUGUGGCACAUCACAUAAGAACAUAAGAACUAAGAGCAGGAGUAGGCCAUCUGGCCCCUCGAGCCUGCCCCGCCAUUCAAUAAGAUCAUGGCUGAUUUUUGAGACUCAGCUCCACUUACCCACCCACUCACCUUAACCCUUAAUUCCUUUACUGUUCAAAAAUUUAUCUAGCCUUGCCUUAAAAACAUUCAGAGAGGUAGCUUCAGUCACUUCACUGGGCAGGGAAUUCCACAGAUUCACAUCCCUUUGGGUGAAGAAGUUCCUCCUGACCUCAGGCAUACAUCUGCUCUAUUUCCCUCUGCAGACUUUGUGUCUUCUACACACUUUGCUCUACCACUCACUUGAGUGUCAUCUGCAAAUUUUGACACCCCACACUUAGUCCCCAACUCCAAAUCAUCUAUGUAAAUUGUAAACAAUUGAGAUCACAACACUGAUCCCUGAGGCACACCACUAGCCACGGACCACCGACCAGAAAACACUCAUUUACCCCUGCUCUUUGCUUACUACUGGUCAACCAAUCCUCUAUCCAUGCAAAUACAUUACCUGUAAUACUGUGCAACUUUAUCUUAUGUAGCAGCCUUUGGUGUGGCAUCUUGUCAAAUGCCUUCUGGAAAUCCAGAUACACCACAUCCACUGGUUCCCCAUUGUCCAGCCGACGCCAACAAUGCUCCACCCACAACCUCCACAGCCAGCAACCCCAGAGGAGACAGCCACACCAAGCCCUGCUGAAUUUUCACCAUCCCCCCAGACCCUAACCCUAACCCUAACCCUAACCCUAACCCUAAUGGUCAGUCCUCAGCAAGGGGCCCACAUUUGUCCCCCUCCACCCACACAUCAACAAAUACCAGUCACAUCUGGACAUCGAGCAGUUUUUUCGCUGUCUCCGCCUCCACGCUUACUUCUCUAAUCGUGAGCCUUAUCCUCCCUCCACUGACCCCUUCACCCACCUCCCACAUAAGUCCUCCUCCUGGACACCACCCACAGGCCUCCUACCCUCCCUUGACCUCUUCAUCUCCAACUGCCAUCAAGAUACCGCCUCAAACUCUCCACCCCUCCUACCCACUCUAACCUCUGCCUUGCAGAACAUGCAGCCCUCCGCUCCCUCCACUCCAAUCCUAACCUCACCAUCAAACCCACAGACAAGGGAGGCACAGUUGUAGUAUGGGGUACUGACCUGUACAUUACUGAAGCCAGACGCCAACUUUCCGACACCAACUUCUACUGCCCCCUGGAUCAUGACCCCACCCCGAGCACAAAACCAUUCACAACCUCAUCACCUCAGGUGACCUCCCACCCACAGCCUCCAACCUCAUUGUUCCCCAACACCACACCGCCCGCUUCGAUCUCCUUCUCAAAAUCCUCAAACCCACCUGCCCUUGUCGACCUAUUUUCUCCACCUGCCCCUGCCCCACCAAACUCAUCUCCACCUAUCUGGACUCCAUUUUCUCCCCCUUGGUCCAGGAACUCCCUACCUAUGUCUGUGACACCACUCACGUCCUCCACCUCCUCCAGAACUUCCAAUUCCCCGGUCACCCAACACCUCAUUUUCACCAUGGACAUCCAGUCCCUAUACACUUGCAUUCCCCAUGCAGUUGGCCUACAGGUCCUCCGUUUCUUCCUGUCCCGCAGACCCAACCAUUCCCCCUCCACCGACACCCUCAUCCGCCCAGCCGAACCCGCCCUCACCCUCAACAACUUCUCUUUCGAUUCCUCCCACUUCCUACAGACAAAGGGGGUGGCCAUGGGUACCCGCAUGGGCCCAAGCUAUGCCUGCCUCUUUGUAGGUUACAUGGAACAAUCCCUCUUUCGCACCUAUACUGGCCCCAAACCCCACCUCUUCCUCCGUUACAUUGAUGACUGUAUCGGCGCCGCCUCUUGCUCCCCAGAGGAGCUCGAUCAGUUCAUCCACUUCACCAACACCUUCCACCCCAACCUCAAGUUCACCUGGACCAUCUCGAACACAUCCCUCACCUUCCUGGACCUCUCUGCAUCCAUCUCAGGCAACCACCUACAAACCGAUGUCCACUUCAAGCCCACCAACUCCCAUAGCUACCUGGAAUACAGCUCCUCCCACCCACCUGCCUGAAAAAUUUCAAUCCCCUAUUCCCAAUUCCUUCACCUCCGCUGAAUCUGCUCCCAAGAUGAGGCAUUCCACUCCCGUACAUCCCAGAUGUCCUCGUUCCUCAAGGACUGCAACUUCCCCCCCCCCCGCAGUGGUCGAGAACGCCCUCGACUGUGUCUCCCUCAUUUCCCACACCUCAUCCCUCACACCUCACCCCCACAAUAACUGCCAAAAGAGAAUCCCCCUAGUCCUCACAUACCACCCCACCAACCUCCGGAUACAACGCAUCAUCCUCCGACACUUCUGCCAUCUACAAACCAACCCCACCACUAAAGACAUUUUUCCAUCGCCACCCUUGUCUGCAUUUUGGAGAGACCACUCUCUCCAUGACUCCCUUGUCUGCUCCACACUCCACUCCAACCCCACCACACCCGGCACUUUCACCUGCAACUGCAGGAAGUGCUACACCUGCCCCACACCUCCUCCCUCACCCCCAUCCCAGGCCCCAAGAUGACUUUCCACAUCAAGCAGAUGUUCAACUGCAUAUCUGCCAAUGUGAUAUACUGUAUCUGCUGUACCCGGUGUGACUUCCUCUGCAUUGGCAAAACCGAGCAGAGGCUUGGGGACCACUUUGCAGAACACCUCCACUCGGUUCGCAAUAAACAACUGCACCUCCCAGUCACAAACCAUUUCAACUCCCCCUCCCAUUCCUUAGACGACGUGUCCAUCCUGGGCCUCCUGCAGUGCCAUAAUGAUGCCACCUAUAGGUUGCAGGAACAGCAACUCAUACUCUGCUUGGGAACCCUGCAGCCCAAUGGUAUCAAUGUGGAUUUCACCAGCUUCAAAAUCUCCUCUCCCCCCACUGCAUUCCAAAACCAGCCUAGCUCAUCUCUGCCUGCCUAACCUGUUCUUCCUCUCACCUAUCCCUCCUCCCACCUCAAGCCAUACCUCCAUUUUCUACCUACUAACCUCAUCCCACUCCCUUGACCUGUCCGUCCUCCCCAGACUGACCUAUCCCCUCCCUACGACCCACCCAUACUCUCUCGUCCAGCUAUCUUCUCCUCUAUCCAGCUUCAGUCCACCUCCCCCUCUCUCCCUAUUUAUUUCAGAAUCCUCUCCCCAUCCCCCUUUUCUGAUGAAGCAUCUGGGCCCAAAACGCCAGCUUUUGUGCUCCUAAGAUGCUGCUUGUCCUGCUGUGUUCAUCCAGCUCUACACCUUGUUAUCUCGGAUUCUCCAGCAUCUGCAGUUCCCCUUAUCUCUGGACUCUAGUUACCUGCAUUUUGUCUACUUCCUUUUUUAAACAGUGGUGUCACAUUGUCUGUUCUCCAAUCUGCGGGAACGACCCCAGAGUCCAGUGAAUUUUGGUGAAUAACUACUAGUGCAUUUGCUAUUUCCCCCAUCACCUCUUUGAGUACCCUGGGAUGCAUUUCAUCAGGGCCAGGAGACUUGCCUACCUUUAGACCCAUUAGCUUUCCCAGCACUGCCCCCGUAGUGAUAAUGAUAGUUUCUAGGUCCUCACCUCCUAUAACCAUUUUGUCAUUAGUUUUUGGCAUGUUAUUUGUGUCUUCCACUGUGAAGACCGACACGAAAUAACUGUUUAAUGUAUCGACUAUUUCCUCAUUCCCAAUUAUUAAAUUGACCUUCUCAUCCUCUAAAGGACCAAUGUUUACUUUCGCCACUCUUUUAUGAUUUACAUAUUUAUAGAAACUUUUACUGCCUGUUUUUAUAUUCUGAGCUAUUUUACUCUCACAAUCUAUUUUACUUUUCUUUAUAACUUUUUUAUGGCUUUCUGUUGGCCUUUAAUCAUUUUACAGUUUACCAGUUUCCCACUACUCUUUGCUUUUUUGUUUGUAUGUUUUUUUCAAUCUGAUACUUUCCUUUAUUUCCUUAGACAUUCAUGGCUGGCUGUCUCUUUUCCGACAGUUCUUCCUUGUGACUGGAAUAUACUUCUGCUGAGCAGAAGUAUUGUUGAAAUAUUGUUCUGAAAGUCCUCCACUGCUCCUCAAUUGAUUCACCAUAAAGUUUUUGCUCCCAUUCUACCUUAGUUAACUCCUUCCUCAUUCCUUCAUAGCCUCCUUUGCUUAAGCACAGGACAUAGAUACUGGACUUAACCUUCUGAUGCUCCAUCUGUAUUUUAAAUUUGACCAUCCUGUGAUCGCUCCUUCCAAGAGGAUCCCUAACUGUGAGAUUAUUAAUUAUUCCUGUCUUUUUACACAGGACUAGAUCUAGGAUAGCUUGCUCCUUCGUAGGUUCCAUUACAUAUUGUUCAAGGAAAUUAUUGCGAAUGCAUUCUAUGAACGCAUCUAUGUAACUUGUGAACAAUUGAGGACCCAACACCGAUCACUAAGGCACACCACUAGCCGCUGACCGCCAAACAGAAAAACACCCAUUUAACUCUACACUUUGCUUUCUACUGGUCAACCAAUCCUCUAUCCAUGCCAAUACAUUACCUGUAAUACCAUGCAGCUUUAUCUUAUGUAGCAGCCUUUGGUGUGGCAGCUUGUCAAAGGCAGCCAUGGCUGACCUGUUUUGACCAAUCGAUAUGUAGAUUAAAAUCCCCCAUGAUAAUUGCUGUACCAUUUUUACAGGCACUGACUAUUUCUGUGUUUAUUGUCCACCCCACCAUGAUGCCAAUAUUCGGUAGCCUAUAGACCACACCUACCAGUGACCUCCUCUCCCUGCCAUUCCUAAUUUCCACCCAAAUGGAUUCAUCAUUUUGUUAAGUAGAAUUUAUAUCAUCUCCUACUGCUGCCCUGAUAUUAUCCUUAAAAAUCAGAGAAACACCACCUUCCUUACCUUCCUAUCUGCCCUUCUGAACAGUUUGAUACCCCUGGAUAUUUAACUCCCAGCCAUGACCAUCCUGUAACGAUGUCUCUGUAAUGGCCACUAAAUCAAACCCAUUUGCCAUGACUUGCACCAUCAACUCAUCCAACUUGUUUCAAAUGCUCCGAGCAUUCAGAUAAAGUGCCCUUAUGCCAGCUUUUGCACCUUCUUUUUGGGCCCUACUGCCUCCAUUACUAACAACUCUUGAGUUCUCCUUCCCUUUAACUUUUUCCCUAAUUUUCAAUGGAUUUGAAGCUUCCUCGUCACCUGCUAACUUGCUGCUUUGCCUUACAUUAAUAGUUAUUCUCCUUGUAUGCUCACUUCUUCCUUCCCCCCUACUUACUAGUUUAAAGUCCUAUUAACCACCCUAUUUCUCCUUUUUGGCAGAACACUGGACCCAGGCUUGUUCAGGUGGAUUCCAUCCCAGCGUUUAGAUCCCUCCUUUCCCAGAACUGAUGCCAGUGCCCCAUGAAAAGGAAAUCCUCUUUCCCACACCACUCUUUCAGCCACGUGUUUACUUCCCUGACCCUCGCCUCCCUAUGCCAAUUUGCACAUGGCUCAGGCAGCAAUCCGGAGAUUAUGACCCUUGAAGACCUGUUUUUUAAUUUUUUUUCCUAGCUUUUCAUAAUCCUGAAAUAGGUCUUUUUUCCUAGUGCUGCCUAUGUUGUUGGUACCUACGUGGGCCACAACAACUUGAUCAUCCCCCUCCCUCUCUAAUAUCUUCUCAAGCCAGUCAGAGAUGUCCCGCACCCUGGCACCAGGUAGGCAACACACCAUGCGGGUCUCUCUCUCCUGCUCGCAAAGGAUACUGUCUAUCCCCCUGAUGAUAGAAUCCCCUACAGCUACAAACUGUCUUUUUGCUCCCCGCUCUUGAAUGGUCUCCUGGACCAUGCUGCUGUGGUCAGUUGACCCAUCCUUCCUGCAGCGCUGUUCCUCAUCCACACAAGCAGCAAGUGCCUCAUACCUAUGGGACAAUGUUCAGGGCUGCAGCUCCUGUGUUCCUGUCUGCAGGAUCCCUCUACCUGCCUCACUCGCAGUCACACACUGCUGUCCCCGCUCACCAAUUGAAUUAACAUUAGUUAAUCUAAUAGGUGUGACUGCCUCCUUGAACACAGCAUCUAGGUAUUUCUCCCCCUCCCGGAUGUGCUGCAGUGUUUGGAGUUCAGAUUCCAGCUCAUCAGUUUUGAGCCGGAGCUCCUCAAGCAGCCAACGCUUGCUGCACAUGUGGUCACUGCCAUUCUGAAUGGGAUCAGCUAGCUCCCACAUCAUACAGCUACAGCACGUCGCCUGGCCUGCCAUCUCUACUUCAUUAAUUAUUUAAAAUGAAUUAGUUUUUUUUAGUUUCGCAGUGUUUGCUGCUCCAAAAAGUUUACUCCGUUAUAUACUCAAACAGACUCUGGCUUUGGCUUCCGACCCGCUCCCAGAGGAUUUGGCGUCUGGGUGACCACCCCAAAA